AUGGCUAGAAUAUUUGAUGAUAUAUUUAAUGAGGCAUUGUAUGAAAAAAGAAGAAGGCAAGAUAACAUACUCGUGGAUAAUUGGAUCGAUGAAUGUUUGUUCAUGAUUCAAAAGAAGAAGAUAUUAAGAGAAGCUCUUUUCCAACUCCUCGUAGAUGGAUCAACAGAGAUUGAGAAGCAGGACAUAAUCGUCUUUUCAAAGAUUUUGCAGAUGAGCCGGUGUAUAAUGCUGAUAUUUUUCGACGGAGCAUAUGGCGUAGUAGCUGAUGCUGUUGAUGAUUAUGUGCACAUAGGCGAGAGCACCACAAUUGAAUGCUUGGAAAAAUAUUUUGUAGGUAUCAUUUCAGUGUUCGAGAAUGAAUACUUGCGAAAAUAA